AUGGUACAGCUCAGACCACGAGCGUGCGAUUGUUACUCCUCAGACAAGAAGCUCGAAGCUCGCUUACGAGAGCAAGCGGUGGAGGCCACCGGUCUGCACGGUCGCCUGCAGAGUCUACUGGGCGUACACAUCUUUCGGAACAGCUCCGCCGGUACUGUACCCGUUGGCAGCGUUGCUGCUUGCCUCCGCAUUCGCUCCAACUCCUUGGUUUACACCGGGACCUGCGUUCGAACGGGCGCCUGCAGUGGCUGCCACAGUGGCAGGUACACCAGCUCCACCAUUACUGACGUUGGCACCAGCACUGGCAGUCGCACCGCUGUUAGCGGGUGA